GGGCGUUCUGCUAUUUCUGCUGCGGCAGCAGCUGCGGCUUGUUCUGCUAAGAGGCUCAGGCGCGGCGCUGUGUGAGGCUCUCGCAGACCCAGUCAGUCUGCAAAAGCCCAACCCCAGACUGGUGCCUCACUCUCUCUUUUCCUCGUAAUCCACCAGAGUAAGGAAGGACGCCUCUGGAAAGGAAACCUGGCCGCAUCCUUUGCCCUGAGGCAGGCAGCCUGGAAUGAGCCACUGCUGACAUGUGCAGGAUGUCUUUCAAGAAGGAAACACCACUUGCAAACGCUGCGUUCUGGGCAGCAAGAAAAGGAAACCUGGCUCUUCUGAAACUCUUGUUAAACAGUGGUCGGGUGGAUGUGGACUGCAGAGACAGUGUAUGAACUCGCAUGGCACCACUCUGCUCAUGGUUGCUUCCUACGCUGGCCACAUAGACUGUGUGAGGGAGUUGGUUCUCCAAGGAGCAGAUAUCAACCUUCAGAGAGAGUCAGGUACAACGGCUCUCUUCUUUGCCGCACAACAAGGCCACAACGAUGUGGUGAGAUUUCUCUUUGAAUUUGGAGCUUCCACUGAAUUUAGAACCAAAGAUGGCGGCACUGCAUUGUUGGCUGCUAGUCAGUACGGCCACAUGCGAGUGGUGGAGACCUUAUUGAAGUACGGUGCCAACAUUCAUGAUCAACUUUAUGAUGGAGCUACUGCACUCUUCCUCGCAGCCCAGGGGGGUUACUUGGAUGUGAUUAGAUUAUUGUUAUCUUCAGGAGCAAAAGUCAACCAACCAAGGCAGGAUGGAACAGCUCCGUUGUGGAUAGCAUCUCAGAUGGGACACAGUGAGGUAGUGAGAGUAAUGUUGCUUCGGGGGGCAGAUCGGGACGCUGCAAGGAACGAUGGUACAACGGCAUUAUUGAAGGCCGCCAACAAAGGGUACAACGAUGUCAUCGAAGAACUGCUCAAGUUCUCUCCCACCCUUGGCCUUUUAAAGAAUGGAACAACAGCUCUUCAUGCUGCAGUGCUCAGCGGUAAUAUCAGAGCAGUCGCCUUGCUCCUGGAAGCAGGAGCAGACCCUGCCCUUAGAAACAAGGCAAAUGAACUACCAGCAGAAUUAACCAAAAAUGAACGCAUUUUACGUCUCCUCCGAAGUAAGGAAACACACAGGAAAAGCUAAUUCAGCUCCUGCUUCAUAGUGGCUAAAUGCUGUCCACAUCAGUAAGAAAGCAAAUUUGUUCUGCAAACAGUUUUGGACUUUGGUUCUUGAAAGCAUUUUGUUUAAUUGGCUCACAAUGCCGACACUGCUGCUCCCAGGACAAUCUUAGGGUCUCCACACUGUGCCCUAGGUUCGAGAUGUGGGGUGGCCUUCACUCUCCCUUACAACAGGGUUUACACACUGGCCUGUUAACUAGACUCCACUGUGUUUUAGCACCUUCAUGGAGUGGAAAGAAACCCCCUUAUGCCAUUCAGUUAACAAAUUCUAAGGUGGACAGGGCUUCCAGCCCUCAUCAAGGCCAUAUGAAAUUCUGCCCCCUUUAAAGGACUCUAAGUCUGACAUUUAGCUGAUUAAUUGCACUUUUCCUUUGUGUCUCGUGUAGCGCUGGUAAUACAAACAUAUAUGCAUAUAUUCAUCUAGGCAGGGAGUUUCUUUUACUUCAUUACAAUAUAUUUUCUUCCACUUAAGGAUCACAGCCAUAAUGAUUAGGAAUCAGGUAAAUGGCAAACACAAAUGCACUCUUGUUGAAGACCACCAAUACUAUUUGACAAGAAUGUGUAUUCUUGGGGAGCUAGGUGGCGCAGUGGAUAGAGCUCCGGCCUUGGAGUCAGGAGGAUCUGAGUUCAAAACC